AUGGCUGAUGCUAUUCAAAAUGUAUAUUCGCAACAACAAAAUCAUACAAUUCCUUCAAUAUUCAAAGAGUUAGAUGAACCAUCCAGUUAUAUUCAACCACAAGAUGUAUCACAUCGUGCAUUAACUACAAAAAUAAAAAAAGAAAAUUUAGUAUUAAUUAAUUUUGAUAAAGGUACUGAUAAAAGUGGUCUUCGUUCACGUAUUUGGAAGAGCAUGUGUACAAGUAAAAAUCGAGCUAACUAUACAUUUAUAAAAUGUAUUGGUAAGCCAGGUGGUGUUCAAAUAGAAGAGUUACCAAAACUAUAUGAACGUAAUCGUCAAUAUCCAUUUUGGUUAUCACCACGUGGUAAUGGUAUUGAUUGUCAUCGAACAUGGGAAGCACUUUAUCUUGAUAUAAUACCAAUUGUAUGGAAUAAUUCAUUAAAUGUUCUCUAUGAAAAUUUGCCUGUUUUAAUUAUAAAUGGUUAUGAAGAAUUGAAUGAAAAAUUUUUAUAUGAGAAAUUAAAUGAAAUAUCGAAAAAGAAAUUAUCAAAAAAUAAUGUAUAUCAAUAUGAAAAACUACGUAAUGCUUACUGGCGUCGUUUAAUAUUAAAUAAAUCAAGACAUCGAAAUAAAAAAAGCCUGCAUCAACGAACAAAGCGAUGUUGGAGUGCAAAAAGUACAGUUAAUUGGAAGCAAUUUUUAUCUCAUUAA